AUAGUCGUAGAUGACUUUUGAAAACUCGAACACCGGUCUUCCUGGUGACGGGAAUAGAACCGGAAUCUUGCGAACAACCGCAGUGGUAAAACAAAAAAGUCGGGAGCGGUACCUAGGCGGGGACAGAAGCAGAUACAGGGAUAUUUCGGGAUGAAUGAGGAGAGCAACAGUGACGACUGGUAGAUGGAGAAGAAGAGGAGGAAGGAAGACGAGAAGAGAAUUAGGGAAGAGGAGGAGACUAAGAGGAACCUGGAUUUUGCAAGGAAGGCGGAGGAGUUUAAACUGCAACUGCACGCUGAACUUUUGGAGGAAUGGAGGAAGAGCCAUGGGGAGGCGGAGAAAGCUACUGAGAAGGUUGGGAGAUCGGGGAAGAGGGCUAAGAAGAAAAAGAAGAAGUAUCCGAUAGAGCACGGAGGGGCGAAAAGACGAAGAGCGCGGAGGGGUAGAAGGCGGGUAGAUUCUAGCGAAGACUCAGACACUUCGACCUCGGCGGAGGAUUCUACGUCAGAGGUCACAUCAUCAGACUCCGGUUCGGAGGGGAAGCAUGUGCGCAACAAGACGUAUGGAAGGCGAGGUACGGGGAACGUUAAAGGCAAGACAAGAACCAAGAACACUACGAGGAAGGGACGGAUGGACGAGGUGCAUACACCAGCGAGAGUGUACGAGAGAGAGGAAAGCUCGAAGGCACGGCAAGAGACACACGGGGAGGAAGAUGAGAAGCUGGGGAUAGGACCUGAUGAAGGAGCCGAACCGAAGACACCCUUGACGGGAGGCUUCAAGGGACUGGCCGCAGGCUGUUCACAGAAGAGUUUGAUCGAAUACUGCAUAUCGGCACACAAGAUUUACUCGGCGAAGAAGGCGGACACACUGAGGAAGAUAUGUGAACAGAGGGGGAUUAAGUACACGAAGAAGCCUGAGAUAGUAGAGAUUCUUGCAAGACAUCAAGUGCAACUGGCCUACGAUGGCUUCGAGGAGGCGCAGGGCAACACCAAAGAGGCAAUGAAAACGAAGGCAUCAGGAACACCUAGGAAGGAUUUCGUGAAGGACAGGACAACGAUGGAGAAACCAGUUAAGAGGCAGGAGCCAACAAUCAUCCGCUCGGCGCCGGUACAACCGACUGAGAACUCGGACUGAAGGUUAGGGGCACCGACUAAUGCGGAAAUAUG